UUCUUUUAAAAAACUUUCAGAAUUAGAAGAUGGCCAGAAGCAGGCAAUGGUUAGUGAAAGAACAGAAGCUUUUACCACAUCACGAAACCUACUGAUCUCUGGUGCAGAUGCUAUUGAAAGGAUUAUGUCUUCAUACAAAGAGGUUACUGAGUUAGCAGGAUACACAGCCCGUGUCUACAACAUGUUUUCUGUCUUUGAUGAGGUGAAGAGAGGCAUCUACAAGAGAACUGCUGUUAUUCAAGGCUCUGAAAACAACAGUAAGAAUGAAGAUAAAAUAGAAUCACAUGUCAAUGGACCCUUAGAAAUCAAGGGAAAAGUUAUUGAUGUUGAACAUGGAAUAAUUUGUGACAAUGUUCCUAUUAUUACCCCGAACGGCGAUGUGGUGGUUUCCAGACUAAACUUCAAAGUUGAAGAGGGCAUGAAUCUUUUAAUCACUGGUCCCAAUGGGUGUGGAAAGAGUUCACUUUUCAGAAUUUUAAGCGGUUUGUGGCCUGUGUAUGAAGGAGUCCUUUACAAACCCCCUCCACAGCACAUGUUUUAUAUACCACAAAGGUAUGUGAUACCUAUUUAUCUGGUUACGUGAAUUUUGACCCUGCUG